UCCUCUUUCUGAACAGAAGGGAGCACGGAAUUAGAAACUAAUCCAACACACCAAUUAAGUGAUUUAGUAGAUAGCUUACUCCGGAUCAUCCGAUCCCCUUGGGAAGCAUCAAAGAUCAAACAGCUACAAGUCAAUAUAUUAUAAUUCCUCGUCCAAGCAUGAUGUCGAUUACGGGUAUCCAAGGCCAGCUUCUUGAAGUCACUGUGGUUGCCUGCGACAAAUUGAAGGAUACCGAGUGGGUUUCAAAGCAGGACCCGUACGUGAGCCUCGAAUAUGGUGGCACCAAGUUUAGCACCAGAACAUGCACUGAUGGGCAUACGGAUCCGGUAUUCCAGGAGAAGUUCCCGUUUCCCUUAAUCGAAGGUCUUGGAGAGUUAACCUGCGAAGUUUGGAACAGCAAUACCAUUCUACGCCACACUUUCAUCGGCAGCGCUAAGAUUCUAUUGCAAAGGGUUCUUUCUCGGGGCUACGACGACUCCGCCUGGCCGCUUCAAGAUAAAAAUGGCAGAUAUGCAGGACAAGUGCGACUAAUAUUACGUUAUGAGAAUAAUGUCAUGGAACCUGCAACGUCAAGCAGCUUUGCUCAUCUGUCGUCGUCGUCGUCGUCAUGCCGGCCAUCUGUAACUCAACCAAUCUUCCAAGACCUUCAUUGGUGCUCUCCAACAACAGCUGUCAAUGCUUACCCAACUCCUGCACCGGCAGCUCCUUACGCACCUCCGGCCCAGCCCUACCCACCUCCAUCUGAUCCUUACUCUUCAUACUCAAUAUCUAACGCAGCAGGCUAUCAACCUGCAUUCCCAUACUCAGCUCCACCAUCAGCGGUCUAUCCUCCACCACCGAUAUACCCACUAAAUUCUGCUUAUCCUCCAUCUCUAUAUCCACCAGCUCCGCAAUCUUCACACGGUCUUUAUCCUCCAGGUACCAGGUCCUUAUCAAGGUACGUACCCUCUCCCGCCAUUUUGAGAGACAACCUGGAGCUUCUGCACACGGAAACGAAAGAAGUUCACAGCCCAGUAAUUGCAUAUGGAUAUGAUAUAAUGCGUAUAUACAUUUGUUUUGAGAGCAUUCUCAAUGGGUUACCUAAAAUAUAUGUUUUCUUCUAAAAGUGCAAAUAUUUGUCCAAAAUGAAUGUGGAUCAAUGAAUUAUGUAUCACAGCAAGCAAUUGAUCACUAGUGUCAUAUAACAUCACUUCAUCAAAAGUGUUUAUAAUUUAUUUGUAAUUUUGAGUAGUUUCUCGUCCGGUUUGAUAUUCAA